CGCCACGCCGUCCAGCUCCCUCUCGUUUCAGGCGAGAGCGCGCGCGCGCGCGAGAGAGAACCACGCUCUGUUCGGAUUUCGAGGGCGAAGGAUGAGGGCGGUGUGCGCGCUGCUGCUGGCGGCGGCGGCGGCGUUCGCGGCGCUGCCGGCGACGACGACGGCCAACAAGUUCUCCAUCAACUGGAAGCCCAACACCAACUACUCCGACUGGCCGGCGCAGAACGGCCCCUUCUACAAGGGCGACUGGCUCGUGUUCUACUACACGGCGGGGCAGGCGGACGUGAUCCAGGUGGACGCGGCGGGGUACAACAAGUGCGACGCCACCAACGCCAUCUCCAACUACAGCAAGGGCCGCACCUACGCCUUCGAACUCAACGAGACCAAGACCUACUACUUCAUCUGCAGCUACGGCUACUGCUUCGGCGGGAUGCGCCUCGUCAUCAAGACCGAGAACCUGCCGCCCCCGUCCCCGCCGGCCUCCGCCAAGGCCAAGUCCGCCGCCCCCGCCGCCUCGCGCGCCUCCCUCCUCUACGCCGCCGCCGCCGUGCUCGCCGCGCUGCUCAGGAUGGUCUAGCCGCCGUCCUUUUUAGCUAUCAGCAUUGCCGUUUCUUCUUCUUCUCUCUCUGAUUUGGAGCUGCUACUUCCCUAAUUCUUUUUAGUGUGUUUGGAACCCUGGAUUAGCACCUCGAUUAGUGGUGUGGAUUUGCGUAAGCUGUCGAUUGAGCAAAAGAUUAAUCGAUGAUUCUAUCAAUGUGCACAAGUUCAGAGCUAGUUUUAUAACUCUGCAUCUUGAAUCUUGUAGUAGGGAAUUGGAAGAACAUUUUAUUAAAUCCACCAUUCCUCUCUCCUUUUCCACUUUACUAGUAGUAGGUAUCUAAAAAAAAAUUCAGCGUUGCUACUUUGCACCUGGGUAUCUUUCUAUCUUCAAAAUGCAGCAUUUCUUGUGGUUUAUCUUGGAAGACG